AUACUUAGCACUCCACCAACGCUUGCCACCCCCGAUGUGCAGAGGGCAGUCUGGAUGAUCUUGGUGUACCGGGACACAUAUGGUCACCUGCAAGACACUACAAAUGAAUGAAGUGACAGCAUUUGCUUGCCUUUAUCCCCAGAAGCCCUGCUGAAUCAACUGAGAAGAGACCUGCGGAGCAAUCACCAUGAGUAUCUCAGCUCUUGGAGGCAGCACCAAAGGGAAGCCUCUGCCACCAGGUGAGGAGGAGCGCAAUAACGUCCUCAAGCAGAUGAAAGUGCGAACCACGCUGAAGGGGGACAAGAGCUGGAUCACCAAGCAGGAUGAAUCGGAGGGUCGCACCAUAGAGCUGCCCUCAGGUCGGAGUCGUGCCACAUCCUUUUCAUCAGCUGGGGAGGUUCCGAAGCCCAGGCCUCCGAGCACAAGGGCUCCCACUGGCUACAUCAUCCGGGGAGUGUUCACCAAGCCCAUAGACAGCUCUUCCCAGCCCCAGCAGCAGUUCCCCAAGGCCAACGGGACUCCAAAAAGUGCUGCCAGUCUGGUGAGAACAGCUAACGCUGGUUCUCCCCGCCCCUCCUCCUCUGGCUACAAGAUGACCACUGAGGAUUACAAGAAGCUGGCACCCUACAAUGUCAGGCGCAGCUCUACAUCAGGGGACACCGAGGAGGAGGAGGAGGUGCCUUUCUCCUCAGAUGAACAGAAGCGGAGGUCAGAGGCUGCAAGCAGUGUUCUGAGGCGAACAGCUCCCCGGGAGCACUCCUACGUCCUGUCGGCAGUCAAGAAGAGCACUGGUCCUACCCAGGAGACACAGGCGCCGUUUAUUGCGAAGAGGGUGGAGGUGGUGGAAGAGGACGGGCCUUCUGAGAAGAGCCAGGACCCACCUGCUCUGGCAAGAUCCACUCCUGGCCCAAACAG